ACGACGCAGGUCUUUAUAGUAGAUAAGAAAAAAAUUCUUUCACUAUUUGUUUAUAAUUUUUUUCAAUAAACGAAUUUUAUAUUUUUUUAAUAAAAAAGAACACAUUUAUAUUAAAGAAAACCAACGUUAAUACCAAUAUAUAAUGGAUAAAAAUGUAGCUGAGUUGGAGAAAUGGGGUUUUCCAUUGCAGGAACUUUACCGAAUGGCUCUGCAGUUUUACAAACAAAAUUCUGGAAAAGCUAUACAUCUUUCAUAUGAGGAUAAUUUAAAAUUAAUUGCAUUUAAACAACAGGCAUCAUGUGGACCUUUCGAUCCCAAAGAUGCACCCGCUUUGGGUGUACUAGAUGUAAUUGGCAAAGAUCGACGUUUACAUUGGCAAAUGCUGGGCAAUAUUAGCCGUGAACAGGCUAUGGAGGGUUUCAUUGAUCUCUUGGAUACCAUGUGUAGUGCUUUUCGUCCCUAUGUCGAAGCAGUAAGAAAAAAUCGUGAUGAAACUUUAAAGGAAGAAUUAAGACGUAUGGAACAAGAAAAAUUAGAGAAGGAGAAAAAGGAAAGAGAACAACAGGAAUUAUUAGAGGAGGGUUAUAAAGAAGAAAUGCAAAGACGUCAACUACAAGAUGCGCUUAACAAGCAAACAUAUCAACAGUUCAAGACCUAUGCUGAAAAACAAUUUCCCGGUAAUCCUGAACAACAAGCUGUUCUCAUACAUCAGCUGCAACAAGAACACUAUCAUCAAUAUAUGCAGCAAUUACACAUGCAAAAUCAAAAUAAUCCCACUGAAAACUUAACUAAUAAUAAUACAACUACAAACACUUUGGGUGAUGGUAACGAUAGCAACGUUUCCACUACCACAAUUGCGAAACAUCGGAACAUUGAGGAUGAUUUAAAUAAAGAAUUAUCUCAAUUAUCUAUAGAUAAUCAACAGCAGCAACAUUAUGAUGAACAGCAACAAUUACAAUUGCAUAACAAUGACGAUGAUGAAGAUUACGUACUAAUACAACCGGCAAAAAUAUGGACAAGACCGGAUAUAGAAGAAUUUAAAGCUGAAGUAUCGGCUGGUGACGGGGACGGUGUCAUAACUAUAGGACAUGGCGAUACGGUGACAGUACGAGUACCCACUAAUAUUAAUGGUAAAUCUAUAUUCUGGGAAUUUGCUACGGAUAAUUACGAUAUUGGUUUUGGUAUUUACUUCGAGUGGAGUAAACCGGUUACACAAGAAGUCACCGUACAUGUUAGCGACAGCGAUGAUGAUGACGAAUUUUUAGAUGAAGAUUAUUUGUCCACCAAUGAAGAUCUUGAAUGUGGUUCAUUAGCAAAUGAUCGCAGUAGUUUGACAAGUAAUUCCUCCAUAAAGCCACCAAUUUCUAUAAUUGUGCCGAUUUAUCGACGAGAAUGCUUCAAUGAGGUCUAUGUGGGCUCACACAUCUAUCCGGGUGAAGGUGUUUAUCUUUUGAAAUUUGACAAUAGCUACAGUAUAUGGCGUUCAAAAACCCUUUACUAUCGAGUUUAUUACGAGCGUUAAGUUUAAUCUACAGCACAUUCAUAUGCAUAUUUUUUAUUUUUAUUUAUCCCCUAAAUGUAUUAUUUAAUAAUAUUUAUUAAUGUAUCUAACUUUUAUGUUUAAAAUAACAAACAUUUUAAGAUCAACAAAAAUUAAAGUAAUUCGUAUUAUACAAAUGUUUUAUUGAU